GUCCAUGUCAUUUUUAUGUUGCGGGCUCCAAAGCUCAACACGGGACUCCAGGAGCAACUGGUCAUGGUGGAACUAUCGGGAAUUAUUGAUUCAGACUUCUUAGAAAAAUGUGAAAACAAAUGCAAGAUUUUGGGAAUAGAGACAGAGAAGCCCAUUUUGCAAGUGGACAGAUAUGUAUUUGCAGGAGAAUAUGAAGAUACCUUGGGAACCUGUGUGGUUUUUGAGGAAGACACAGAGCAAGACGCAGAAGGCAACCAAAAAGUGCAGCUGAAAUACAAGUGCCACACAAUGAAGAAGCUGAACAUGACACGGACACUUUUGACAGAAAAGAAGGAAGGAGAAGAGAAUGUUGGUGGAGUGGAAUGGUUACAGAUCAAGGACAGAGAUUUUUCCUACAGCAGGCCCAACCCAAUUUGCAGCUUUCUGCGGGAAAAAGAAGAUUCUGAGGAGUCUGCUCAUGCUCAAGACAAAUUGACUGAAGAGUCAGAGGGAGAGGUGAGUGGCGGAGGGAAUUCCGACAUGAACUCUGAUCUGGAGAAGCCACACAGCUCGGAAGUAAAAGCCUCUGUUCCUGUGCCUGACAGCCCUCCUUCUGGGGCAGAGGAUUCUCCUUCUGGAGGUGCUGCCUUAGACGAUGCCCCUCCAUGA